AUGAAAGAACCCUGCCAUCUAAUUGUAUUUCCCUUCUCCACCAUACAGGAACUGCGUCGCGAUCUCACGGAGCUGUUCACGGAGGAUGAUGAGGAGUACGAUGAGGAAGUUGAGGACGAGGAGCCAAACAGGGAGACUAGUGAAAAGGAGCAGCAGACGUUGUCAGUUUUGCCAGCUCUCACUGCCGACGAGCCUCCUAAUUCAUACUUCGGUUCAGAAACCUCUGUGCAACCCGUUUCCAUCUUCUAUGCCCUAAUCAAGCGUUCAUCUCCCCAUCUUCUCAGUACCCUAGAUAUGGCAAAUCGGGUAAAGCGUCAACUGAGCAUGCAUCUACAGCUGCUGGCAAGCACAUUUGCGGCCACCAUCACACUGUCCGAUCUGGAGGAGACUGUAUGUCGGCCUAUCACUUCUUUCGUCGAUCAGAUCCACGCCAGCCUCCACCGUCCGUCCUCCCUGCUCGCCAGUCUUUCCUCCAUCCGCGAUCUCCUACCGGUUGUCGAUGAGACACGGAGGUUUGUGCACGAGUUUGCCGGUCUCAGCAUCCUACCCUGCUUCAGUUAUUCUACGGAGGAUCGAGACCAGCUGUUAAACACCCGCUCCAUCCCUCUGCCCUUCUUCCUCAUGGAUUAUAUCCUGCGCAGUGCCCUCUGGCCCUACCCUGACCUCUUGCCGCCUGGAUUGGCUUGUCCCACAUCGCUGGCUCCGCAGCGCCAACGGGACAUGUUCACCACCGACGAGGACAGUCUCCUCGUCCUGGGAAUAGCCAACUUCGCAGAGGCCUCACCCACACGUUUCGCUGACUUUGUUGAGCACUGCAACCUUGGUAGCACGACGGCAGCGGCACCGGGAGAUAGACCGCAACGAAUGCAGUCGAGUUUCUUUCGGUUUACCGCGACCCAUCUCCUGCCGACACGCACACCGCGUCAACUC